AUGCCGGUGACACUCGGGGAGCUCAACACUCUGACCACCCCGCUGUCCAUAAUGCGUUUCUGGGAGUUGAUCUGCACCUGCCUCUGUUUCAGCCUAGCAUCCUCCAUGGCCACUUUGCCUUCCCCGGUCACCUUCCGCCCCUUCUGCAUGGUCACCUGGUGCUUCUUCUUCACCCUCACCUUCCUCAUCAUCGCCAUCAACUUCAUCCAGUUCCACAGCCUGCUGCCCCUGUCCUGGAAGAAUCUGACAGCCACGGUGGCCUCCCUGGGCGCGCUGAUGUCCUUGGCUGCCACCUUCGCCUUCCCCUGGGUCCUGGUGUCCGCCUACGAAUUCAAGGGGCCUUUCAUCACCGUCGGCUCCUUCUUCGCCACGUUGGCAUAUGCCGUGGAGCUCCACCUGAUCCGCACCCAGGGCGCCGGGCAGCAGCGUGGAUACAUGUCCAGCGUGCCAGGCUUCCUCAAGACGUUGCAGGUGUUCGGCAGCUGCACGGCCCUCGUCCUGCUGGGCGACCAGGCGGCCUGGACCUGGCAGAGGUCUGCGGUAGCAGCCUCUUACGCCGUGUGCCUGCUGGCCUCCCUGGGCACAGUGCUGGUGAUGAUAGGGGACUGCGCCGCCCGUUGUCCCGUGCCCUUCGACCGGCUGCUGGCCGGACUCACCCUGCUCGGGGUGUUCACAUAUAUGACCGCCACGGUGGUCUGCUUCAGCAGAGUUCUGCAGGAAAAAGACAUGAACCUGGUCAUGUGCUGCGAGGCCGCCAUUGUGUGCAUCACCCUGUUGGUUUAUACAGUGGACCUGGUUUUCUCUGUGAAACUGCUGUGUGACAGGAAUUAG